ACCGUCGUAUACUGUCCGCGGCCGCAGCAAGCCUACUUUUUCCGAGAUAAGGUCCGAUGGAGGUCCCCCGGAAAGGGAGGGACUUCGCUUUCUAGGGCUCUGUCACAUCCUUGCUAUCCCCUCACACUGAAGUGAGCACUGCUGAGGACUCACCAAAAUAAUGUUACAUGAUCUUCUACAAUGGGUGCCCUAGUCUUGUGAAACAGCCCAAAAAUGGAAGGCAGUUCUUCAGAGAUUGGAUGGCGCAAUCUGUCCUGUGAAAAAUGGACAGAAUCUCAUGUGAACUCCUGGUUGAAAUGCAUUGGAAUAAAAGAAAAUUACAUAAUUAAAAUGCAAGAGGAGGAAGUAACAGGACCAGUUCUCACAGUUCUACAGAGGGAGUUCCUCAGCACCACAAUUGAAAUGAAAAGUGGCCAAAUUGAACUCCUACUGAACAAACGAGAUGAACUUUUAAAAUCUAAACCAAACAAAUUCAAAAAAGGAACUGAUUUAGGUGAAAAGGAGGGAGACAUUGUAAAAGGAAAGCUAGUCAACCCUGGCCAAGAACCAAACCCCCCUUCACAAAAACCUUGUGAAGGAGCAGAAGGGGACAGUAGCCUUACGGAGCUGGAUGAUAACUUAACUUCUACAGAAGUAUCAUUCUGUGACUUUCGUAACUUUGACAAGAAGGACAAAAACUGCAGAUAUAUCAAACACAAUGUGCUACCUCCAGAAACAGGAAUUGAAAGCAUGAUUGAUCCAUGUCAUGAAUAUAAGUCCCUGGAGAUUGCACACAAACUAGACUCAAAAAGACUACAAUCAAAGGUAGCAAGUGAGGUGUUAAGAUUUGCAUGUGCGUGCAUGAAUAUGCGAAGCAAUGGGACCAUUCAUUUUGGGAUUAUGGAUAAAAUAAGAGGUAAACAUCGGCAUGGUGAAAUCAUUGGGGUUCCUGUCACGAGUCGAGAGGAUUUUGUCGAUGCACUAGACAACAUUGAAAGAUGCUUUAGAGGGUCAGAUCAACAAUGCGACGCCAGGAGUUGCAUAAAGAACCCCCAAUUCAUUGAGGUCCUUGACAAGGAAACUAGUGAGGAAACAUGGGUCAUUGAGUAUGAUGUUGUCCCAAAGGCAAGCAUUGUGAAAGACAAGCUUUUCUAUGUUGGUGUCCCAAAAUUCUCUGAGAAGGACAACAAAAUCAAACUUGAAGAGAAAGUUCCUUAUCGGAGAGUCGGAGCUAACACGCCACGCAUACCAGAUGAUGACCUUGUUCUUUUCAUUCAAAGACUCAGGGAGAAAGACCAAGAGAGAGAAGAGGCAGAAUCUUCAAGCAAUCAAACAACUGUUGAACGUGAAGAAGGUCAAGAGAGGAAACUCUCCAUCCUCUUAUGUGGGAACACUCAUAUGGACAACUCCAUGUUCUACAUCAUAGUGACCAACAAAUUUCACACCGAGCAUCUCAGCCACAUUAGCUUCUUGCUAAACAUGAAUAUCUUCUGUGUGUUUGAUUUUGACCCUGAUUCCAAAGAAUCUGGUCUUUGUGGAAAAUACAAGGAGCAGAAGGCUGUAAACCUUCACUUUCUUGAUAACUACGCAAAUAAUGAUCGAUUAAAAUCUUCAGACUUUGUUAAUUCGUUGCAGCUUUUUGAGAGACCAAGCUGGAUUUUCUGCAAUGGAAGAAACAACUUUCCCAAAAGAGAGAAACCCUGUGAUGAAAAGACGUGGAUCAAAACAAGAAAGAAGAAACUGAUAACGGCAGUAUCUCUCAUCUGCAAUGACAUCCUUCCCAGGCAGUCAUUUGUAGUCCUCUUCCUGCUCAUGUCUCAUAUUGAGCAGCCACUUGUUGAGGCUUUCCAUCAAUUCUUUGCAGAGAUGAAUGGAAAGGAUAAUUUGACAGUAAUAUCUGAGUCAAAGAAAAACUACGAAAAAUGGGCAAGUCUUGCGCAGGUGUCUUGUGACAUGUCUUCACUCAAAGAAAUCAGCAUUGUUGAAAUGCCACUGAGUCAUGUGGACGCCACAGUUCAAAGCAUUCAGCUCUCAAAGAAUCAACCCGAAAGAAAAUUACCUGUCUCUAACGGAGCACUUUGCUUCUUAAAGUCAGUUGAAGAGGCUAUGUUAGAUUCUUUGGAAAUCAUCAGUGUUGACCAGUGUGAUGAUACAAAUGUGGAUAUCAUGAUUGAGGAAGAAAUCCAACAAAUUGAGAGAAACUUCUAUCAUGGUGGAAAGAUAAGGUGGAUCAAUUUCUGGCUGUCUGACAAACAAAAGUGUGGAAAUAUCAUAAAGAGGAAUGCCUAUAAUGAAACAAGCACAAUACUGGACAGGAUUAAACAGCGUCACAAGGCCGAACGUCCCAUUGAGAGUGUGAACAUAUAUCAUCAACCUGGCAGUGGUGGAAGUACAGUGGCAAGACAGAUCCUCUGGAGUUGGAGAAAGAAAGUGCGAUGUGCAGUGGUUAAACAGAGUAAGGAAAUCACAACUGUGUGUGAACAUGCAGUGAGACUGAGAGAACAUGACGAGAGAGACAAAGACAACUGUUUGCCAGUGCUCUUGCUCUUGGAGGACCGCAAUGCAGAUUACAUACAUGAUCUCAGGUGGGAACUUGGAAAUGUCAUUGCAACCCAAAAAAGAAAUCCUUCUGUGUUGUGCUUUAUCCUCCUUAUUUGCAACAGGUCAAACAAACCAGAAAAAAUGUGCAGAGAAUCAUCAUCACAAACAGUGGCAGUCAGCCAUCAGCUUACAAAUGAAGAGAAGCCUUUGUUCUCAGAAAAACUUAAGAAACUCAAGCUGGACUUUGAACCAAACUUCAUCCUCACAUUUGUGCUGUGGAACGAAGGGUUCAAUAAAAGUUACAUUGAAGAUUUUGUGAAAAACCUUUUACUUAAAGUUGAUCAUUCAUCACUCACCACUCGCCUCAUCAGAUUUGUGGCUCUCUUGAACUACUAUGUUGAAGACUCUUACCUGACUGUAUCUCACUGCGAGGCAUCUCUUGGCAUAGCUACCAAUGUUGAGAGAGCUAAGUAUCAUGAGAAAGUUAAGUACAGUGCCUUCGUGGAUCAGCUCAGUGAUGAAGCUCGGAUGAUUUUCAUCCACCUUAAUGAUGAAUCAUCAACACACAUCUCAUCAAUAAGGAUUAUUCAUCGAAAGUUGGCGGAGGAACUUCUGACUCAGCUGUCUGCAAUUGUUCCUCAGAGUGAUAUUGCCAUGGAUCUCAUCACUGACAAAGUACUUAUCAAUCAUAGGUUUGCCAGAGACGAGUUGCUGAAGUUCAUCAGAGAUCUUUUCAUCAAACGCAGUAAAAAGAGCAGAGGUGAUUCUGUAGACACAGCUUUUUCACCCCUUAUUGAGCAUAUCAGCACCGAAGAAGGUGGUGUACAGAAAGCUGUUGAUCUCAUGAAAGCUGCUUACCUAGCUUGGGGUAACGAUCCAUACGUUGCACAUCAGCUUGCCCGGCUGCUUUACACAGAGCUCAGAUUUGAAGAGGCCCUUGAAUGGGCAGAGGAAGCUAAAUCUCUUCGUCCACUUGAUCCAUUUGUCCUUGAUACUUUAGGACAAAUUUACAAGAGGUGGUUUUACCACUUGGUUGAUACUUGUAGGACACCAUCCCCUGAAAGUGACAUUAAAAUCAUAAGCACUGCCCUCAAAGGAAUCUCUGCCUUCCGGACCUCCGAGAAAUCAUUAACGAAAGAGGCUGUCAACUGUUGUUCGUACUACGGGGAAGUAGAUGUUUGCUGCAGGCUGCUAAAAUUCCUGUCAGAAGUCAAUGUUUUUUCAAACAAUACUGGAAAAUCAGAGUUGAUGCAGUACUUGCUAACAGACUACAUACCAGAAGAUGUAAAAAAAACCUGGCAUGGGUUUCAUCCUCAGUUGAAAGGAUUACAAAAGAGCUUAUGCAACGCACUUGAGUGCAUUUCAGAAGACCUCAGCUACUUUCAACCCGACAUUAGCGAAGAAGAUGAAAAGCUUGAUGCGAGGGAUCCAGAACAAGUGUACAAUCCAAAAAAAUGGCUGAGAAGGAAGAGUGCUGUAUAUGCUGAAUUAUUUUGCAUUUUAGCAGAUGAGAGUGACCAAGAAGCUGAAAGCGACAGUACUGACAUUGCCAGUCAGGCUGAAGGGCUUACUACAUUCAAAAGACAGAUUAGGACCUACAAGCUUGGUGGAGGAAAUUUUACAUCCAUCCUCUCAUUUCUUUUUGACAAGAACCCACAUAGGGCAGGAAAAAAACUUGAGACAAUUAUUGAAAUGUACCCAGAAAACAUGAGAAGUAAUAGCUUGGAACCAACAGAACUUGCAAACUAUAUUGUUUGCCAGAUAGCUCUUAACUGUACUCUACCUGGGUCCUCGAAGCUCCUGUCCCUUGACAAACUUCAAUAUCUCAGCAAGAGAUUUAUUACCAAGGGGAAAAACAUGUCGGGUCCAAGUGCCCUCUUCCUUCUCUCCCUUCUGUUUUGGCCUGAAUCUGGCAAUGAACUCAGUUCUGCUCAUGCUCAGCUCCUUUUAUCAGCCAUUAAUGCACUGCAGAGACUCUUUGAGCAAAAAAGCCUUAAUACUCGUCGGAGGAAACUGUUGACCCACUUCUUUCUGGCAAAGCCAAAAGGUCUUAACAAGUUUGUACACAAAACGGCUAUCGAAGCACUGGUCAAAGGCACUCUAAGUGAACGAAACCUGAAAUGGCUUGGAGGAGAAGUGUGGAAAAACGAGGAAGUUAUGAAGCUACUGCAACGUGUUGAAGGAUGGACAGAAAAUGGAAGGUUGUUUGUGAAAGGUGGAACCAGAGACGACAAAAUCAGGGUCCAUCCUCGACAUUCUGCUUCCUUGCCAAAUGGAAAUGAACAAGUUACCUUCUACUUGGGCUUUUCAUUUGAUGGACUCGUUGCCUGUGACAUCCAAGUAGUGGAAUAAUGCUCACAAUGUUAAUCUGUAAAUAUUGGUCAAGUCCUGUGACACAUUGUUGUGUGGGGUAUGAUUCUCAAGAAAAAGAAGCUCUGAAUACAGCGGUCAAAGGAAAAAUGAAAAUAUAAAAGAUUUUAUUUUUCCAAUACGGAAAACAAGUGAAAGGUUGAGUCUUAAACCGAUUUAAUGGGAGUAUUAAGUAGUAUAUAUAUUUUUUCAUUAGUAAUUAUUUUGAACAUUAUGUUUUGAUUUUGAAUAUGUUUUUUUUUUUUUAUGAUCUACAAAGGGCAAAUGAUUGUACCAUAAUGUCUGCCUUGUGUCUUUGUACAAUAAAAAGCAGACAAUCCCACGAUAAGAUGGCUUGCAAAUGUGAGAUUUUAAGAUCAGGACAAUACAGUUGUACAUAACAUGUAAUCAUAUUUCAUACUCAGAAUUUAUCAAGCAUUUUUGUUCUCUAAUACAUUAUUGUAUUUUAGCACUUGCCCUUAAUGUAUUGUCUUUCUGUUCAUUAUAUAAUUUCAUCUUGAAAUGUAAAAGUGCUUUUUACGUCAUGUUAAAGCAUGAAAACACAGCCUUCUUAUGUUCUCUGUAUCUAAUAAUGGAAGGAUUCAGGUUAAAAAGCAAAUAAGAGAUCAAUGGGAUGUAUGAUACAUCUUUUCUUAACCUGCCUGAAGAUGUGUAACACGAACCUAACCAUAGCCUUUACUCAUUGUUCUGCAAGUUGCUGGACACUGAGAUCCAACAAGUAAGCUGUACACGCCCUUAUGAAUGAGAAGACUUCUUCAAGGCUGAAAAAAGGCUACAAUAUGAGUUAUUUAACUUUUCACUGGAAAUAACGUUUUUGUUUUUGCAUUGACAAUUGAUAGAUUGUUAAUACUGUAUGCACAUACCUAUAGGCAAUGUUUCAUAUGCAAUAAUGCUUCCUGUGUCAUGGCUAGGGUCUGAUUGUCAAAAUGUGACUUCAGACAAUUAUUGAGCUCAUCAGUUACUGCAUGAAACAAGAAAUAAAGUUGUUGAUGAAAACAUGA